UCUGUGUCGCACGAGUGUGACGUAGAAGACAAGCGCUGAAGCAUGGCGGCCAGCGGCAAGAGGCCCGAGCAUCGCGGGCCCCCCGAACUAUUCUACGAUGAGACUGAAGCCCGAAAAUACACACACAACUCUCGAAUGAUUGAGAUCCAGUCGCAGAUGUCCGAACGGGCUGUGGAGCUGCUGGGUCUCCCGGAGGACCGGCCCUGUUUCUUGCUGGAUGUUGGGUGUGGUUCUGGUCUGAGUGGUGAUUACAUCUCCGAGGAAGGACACUGUUGGGUUGGCAUGGACAUCAGCUCUGCCAUGUUGGAUGUAGCUGCAGAACGAGAAGUGGAGGGUGACUUGAUGCUGGGAGACAUGGGCCAGGGCAUCCCCUUCCGGCCAGGAACCUUUGAUGGUUGCAUCAGUAUUUCUGCAGUGCAGUGGCUAUGCAAUGCUGACAAGAAGACCCACAGCCCCCCAAAGCGGCUGUAUCGGUUUUUCUCGACUCUCUAUACUGCUUUGGCCCGAGGAGCCCGUGCCGUCCUCCAGCUGUACCCAGAAAACUCUCAGCAGCUGGAACUCAUCACCUCCCAAGCCAUGAAGGCUGGCUUCACAGGCGGCAUGGUGAUUGACUACCCCAACAGCGCCAAAGCCAAGAAGUUCUUUCUCUGUCUUUUUGUUGGUGCAGCAGAUGCGUUGCCAAAGGGUCUUGGCACAGAAUGCAGUGAUGAGGAGACUGCGAGGGCAAAGUUUACCAAUGAAAGGACACGGUUCAAGAACAUCAAAGGGAAGUCUGCAAAGAAGAGCCGGGACUGGGUCUUCGAGAAGAAGGAACGGAGGCGGCGGCAGGGCAGGGAUGUCCGGGCAGACACAAAGUACACUGGCCGGAAGCGGCGGCCUCACUUCUGAUCACAAUGCCGUUGAUCAUGGCAUGGAGCAUUUCAGCACCAGUCUGCAGCCUCUAAAGAGGGAUGUGAUAUCAGCCACUGGAUUUUCACGUGGGACACUUGACUCCCUCCAGACUGGGAACGUCCUUUCACCAGACCCAGCAAGGACUGCUUUGAAGAGACAAAAAAGUAGCAUCUGCCCAAUUUUGCUGCGGGGGGGGUGUGGUUCCUUCUGCCUGCUGCAAGAUGGUGGCUCGUCUUUUCCAGAGCCCUCCAUCCCAGGCAGUGUUUCAGAGGAGGCCUCGUCUUUUACCACUCUAGGAGGCGGGGAGAUGUGAUUCCCCUCUGCUAGAAAAGUGCCAGGCUAAAAUAAAAUG